AUGAAAUCGAGAGAAUUUGAAGAUGAAUAUAACAAAAUUGAGUGGAGAGAUGAAAAUGGAAAUUUUAACCGGCAUUCAGGCGAGCCAAAUAUUGCCGAACUUCCGAAUUUUUUCACAGAUGACUUCAAGUGCUUAUUUAUUUUCGCUCGAUUUUUCCAGCGCUGGAUAAAACCCGUCGCUGCAGAAUUCAUCGCCACAUUUAUGCUGGUCUUUUGGGCCUGCAUGCUUCAAGCGACUUCUUCAACAAUCAGUUCCGAUCCGACCUGGCCGCUGAUUCCUGCUCUCGCCGCUGGAAUCAAUCUGACAAUCAUCAUCACAAUGUUCUGGGACAUUUGCAUAAUUCAAUUUAACCCGUGCAUGACUGUUGCAUUUUGCCUCUCUGGCUCGAUUCCCUGGCGACUUUGCCUGCCGAAUAUCAUCUUCCAAUGUCUAGGUGCAUAUCUAGCAGCACUGUCAGCGUCAAUUCUCCGCGGAAGCCCAGUGGGGAUAAUUCCGAUCACCGAAGAGUCCGAUCUGCAUGCAAUUUUCUGGGCAGAGUUUUUGUUCUCCUUCAUGAUGGCAUUCGUAGCACUGAUGGCGGUGAUGGACCCGAGCUAUUUUCAUUCGUUGACGCCGCUGGUGAUUGGAUUGACUGUGACACAAGGAGUUUUCGGAGGAUGGUUUAUUGGUGCCGGCUGUAUGAAUCCUGCUAGAAUUUUCGGACCAGCGCUUGUGACGUUAGAUUUCAACUACCACUGGAUUUGGUGGCUUUCGGAGAUUCUCGGAGCUUCUUUUGCAGUUCUUGUUGAAAUGAUUUUCUUUGCACCGAUAAAAAUCAACGAAGAGAACGAAAAAUCGAACCUGAUUUGGUGGAGAGCUUUUAUGGCGAUUAUGAAGAAAAAAUACGACUCUUGUGAAGAUAAUGUUGAACUUGCGCUGAGAAAUGAUGCUUUUGCAAUUGAAAAAUAA